ACAAAAGUCCAAACAGAAAAACUUCACUCUCUCGCUUCUUCACACAAAAACAUCACCAGACUCUCUCUCUGUCUUUCCCCUCUCCCUCCCUAACACAUAGGGCUUCGUUCCCUCCUUUCUUUCUCUUUCAUCGGAUCUGUCUUCUCUCCGAUCUCCCCAAUCCCCCACAGAUCGCAACUUCAACGCACUCUCCAUAACCAACAACAUACCCAUACUCCCAUUUACCAAAAUAACUACAAUACUUCCUACCAAAUUUAACCAUUUCCAUUGCCUUCUCUCUUCUCUUCCUUUCCAUUUCCAUUUUUUUCCUUUAUUCCAAUGGAUACCAAAUGCCCCUAGAGGUUUCACAAUGACCGCCCAGAGAUGAGCAGGAACACCCACAACUGCCAUAAGGACGAAGAAGCAGAAGAAGAAGAGGAAGCAGAAGAAAAAGAAGAAGAAGAAGAAGAAGAAGAAGAGGAAGAUGAGCAUUUCUACGAGUCCCUUGAUCGCAUUGCUUCUUCUUCUUGUUCCUGUUCCGCUUCCAACUCCGACUCUGAUCCUGACCCCAACCCGACCCACUCCAAUUCCAGUUCCAACUCUCCUGGUAAUAAUAAUGACCACUCAUUUCCGGUUCCUAAAUUUCCUUUGGGUGUAUCCAAGUACGAUGUUUGGAUCUCCGAGCCGGCUUCGGUGUCCGAGCGUCGCCAACGUUUGCUCCAUCAGAUGGGCCUCAGUUCCGACCCUUCUCUUUCUCGGGCCAAACCCGAAGGAGAUUUCAACUUUAACCGCUCCGUGUCAUCGGAUCAUUUGAGUCAGGAACGACCCUGUCCCAGUACUUCUGGCGGCAUCGUCCGGUCGAAAUCAGACGGUGCCGGUUCAAGAACGGAUCGGGACGGUGGUGAUGACAAGUGUAAUGAUGAUUUUAAUUCGUGUUCUUCUCCUUCUUCCUUGUUAUCUGUUUAUUCUCCUCGGAUUCUUUCACAUGAUUUAAUGAAUGUAAAUAACUGUAACUCCAAUUGUGAUAAAAUCAACAAGGACAACAAUAAUGUUGUUGUUUUUGGAAGCAAAAAUACCACCAACGUUUCAUCUCCCAAAGCUACUGCUCUUACGCAUAAUAAGCCGCCUUCAGGUAAAUAUGGUAGGAAAAUGGAUGCAUAUCGAUCUGAUUCCACGAAUUCAAAUGGUAAUUUGAAUGGAAGUUGUUCAAAAACCAGUUUGGGAGAGCUUGUGGAGGAAUUGGAUUGUAAUGGGUUUGGUGGCAUUGAUGCUACAACAGCAGCAGCAGCAGCAGCAGGCGCAACCCCAGUGUGUACCAUUAAGAAUCUUGAUAAUGGGAAAGAGUUUGUGGUUAAUGAGAUAAGGGAAGAUGGGACAUGGGACAAAUUGAAAGAGGUGGGAACUGGGAGGCAGUUGACAAUGGAAGAGUUUGAAAUGUGUGUGGGGCAUUCACCAAUCGUGCAAGAAUUGAUGAGGAGACAAAAUGUAGAAGAUAGUACCAGAGAAAAUCUUGAUUCCAACACAAAUGGAGAUGUUGGAGGCGGUGUUUCAAAGUUGAAAAAGAAGGGUAGUUGGCUUAGGAGUAUCAGGAGCGUGGCAAGUAGUGUAAAGGGUUAUAAAGAGAGAAGCAGUAGUGAUGAGAGGGAUACUGGGUCUGACAAGGGGGGAAGAAGGUCAAGUUCAGCUACAGAUGACAGCCAGGAUGUGUCAUUUCAUGGGCCUGAGAGAGUGAGGGUAAGGCAAUAUGGGAAGUCAUUCAAAGAAUUGAGUGCACUUUACAAGAGUCAGGAGAUACAGGCGCAUAAUGGGUCCAUAUGGAGUAUUAAGUUUAGUUUAGAUGGGAGGUAUCUAGCAAGUGCUGGUGAGGAUUGUGUGAUUCAUGUUUGGCAGGUUAUCGAGUCCAAGAAAAAAGGGGAGCUGGUGAAUGAUAAACCAGAGGAUGGGAAUUUUAACUUUUUGUUGACAGCAAGUGGGUUUCCUGAACCUUCUUUGUUCUCACCAACAGCAGAUGGUCAUCAUGAGAAGAAGAGGAGAGGUAGGACAUCUAUAAGUAGAAAAUCUUUGAGCUUGGACCACAUUGUUGUGCCGGAGACUGUGUUUGCACUUGCAGAUAAACCCAUUUGUUCAUUCCAAGGACAUCUAGAUGAUGUGCUCGACCUUUCAUGGUCCAAGUCUCAGCACCUGCUUUCUUCUUCAAUGGACAAAACAGUGCGCCUAUGGCACUUGUCUCACAAGACUUGUUUGAAAAUAUUCUCGCACAGUGAUUAUGUAACUUGCAUCCAGUUUAAUCCUGUUGAUGAUAGAUACUUCAUUAGUGGGUCCCUGGAUGCAAAAGUUCGCAUAUGGAGCAUUCCUGAUCGUCAAGUUGUUGAUUGGAAUGAUCUGCAUGAGAUGGUUACUGCUGCUUGCUAUACUCCAGAUGGCCAGGGUGCACUUGUUGGCUCAUACAAGGGAAGCUGCCGUUUGUACAGGACAUCUGAGAAUAAGUUGCAACAGAAAUGUCAAAUCAAUCUGCAGAAUAAGAAGAAAAAAGCUCAUCUAAAAAAAAUCACCGGAUUCCAGUUUGCACGGGAAAGUUCUUCUGAGGUGCUCAUCACAUCAGCAGAUUCUCGAGUACGAGUUAUUGAUGGUGUUGAUCUGGUUCACAAGUUCAAAGGGUUUCGUAACACCAGCAGCCAAAUCUCAGCCUCCCUCACAGCAAAUGGGAAAUAUGUAGUCUCUGCCAGUGAGGAUUCAUAUGUUUAUGUGUGGAGGCAUGAGUCUGAUCCUUGCAGAAGCAAAGGUGUUAGUGUAACACGUUCAUACGAGCAUUUCCACUGUCAAGAUGUGUCUGUGGCCAUCCCAUGGCCUGGUGUGGGGGACGCAUGGGGGCUACAAGAUGCAUGUUCUGGAGAGCAGAAUGGGCUUGAUAACCAUCUUGACGAAGUCUCUGUUGCCAAUCAUCCUCCUACACCUGUUGAUGAAUUAAGUGGUAAUGAGGGUUCUCAAUCAUUAUCUGGGUGCACAAAUAGUCCGCUGAAUGGAAUUAUUUGUAGUGCAACCAAUGGUUACUUCUUUGAUAGGAUUUCAGCAACAUGGCCGGAGGAAAAACUCAAUUUAGCUACCAGAAACUGGAGCCCGCACUCAAGUGUAGAUUUUACAAAUGGGAUGAACCAAAAUAUGUCAGCCUAUGGUAUGGUGAUUGUAACUGCUGGCCUUCGAGGGGAAAUUAGAACUUUCCAAAAUUUUGGAUUGCCAGUUCGAAUUUAAGGGGCAAAAAAAGGUAUAGAAGGUGAAGUGAUUUGAGUUGGCAAGCCAAUUCAGUCAAAAUUUUCCCCUUUGGUUAAAUGUGUACAGAGAUAUUUGGUGAGAUGUGUAAUAUUAGCGAGUUUCAGUUCUUUCCUUGUGCUUCUGCUCAUCGGAUGUUUGAGUGCAGAUGGAUAUCCAUUCCGAUUGAGCAUUGAGAAGAAGUAUAGAUUUGUUAAAAAAAAAAAAAAAGAAUUACACCUUGGAUUUAGAAACCGAUGUAUUUCUCAUGUCGGGAAUUGUAGAGUUAUGAGCAUGGCAAAAGCUUAUUGAAUUAAAAUGAAAUUCUUUCA